CAGUAAUCCAGCAGUCAGGUAAUACCUGAAUAGUGAACAUAAAUAACUGAAUGAGCCAAUGCCAGACAGAAUGAUAGACCAACAGACAGAGGUGCCUACUGAUGUAAGUUGAAACAGAAAAAAGGAAGUCAAGAAGUAUAGAGGAACAGUCUUCUAAUGCAAUGCAACAAUAUUAUUUCAGCAAAGUGUGUUUAUGAAACUGCGUUUCACAAAGUCAUUGAUAAAUACAGGCGAGACAUAUUAUAUCAAACAUCCGUGAAGUUAUUUAUUGAUAUUGAGAACACAAAAGACAGCAAGAAUAAAUCUGCAAUGAGUCGAUCGCCACCACCACAAUGGCACAAAUAUCCACCACAAGGGUCAGCUGUUGGACCUCCACCUAUGCCGAAUAAGCACGCACGAAGUCCUGAGAGAGAGAGGAGAUCACCCGGUUAUGACAGAGAGGCAGAAUGGCGACGAUUCCAGGAAUGGGAAAAACAUAAUAGAAAAUCUCCACCUCGCUCUAGUCCAAAACGAAGUCCUCCGAGACCUCAGCACAGGCCGAUAAGUCCUAGGAAAGAACGAAGUCCAGUAAAAGCUCCACCUCCAGAAUGGGGUCGAAGAUCUCCACCGAGGUCUUAUCGACCCCCUGAGUGGGGCAGGAGAAGUAGGAGUCCACCACCCUCAUGGGGUAGGAGAAGUCCUCCAAGAUAUGGCCCUCCACGUGGUAGAAGCCCUCCUCGAGCUCAUAGUCCCCAUCGAUGGGGUCCGGGUCCACCACCCCAUGACUGGGAUCGAUACAGAGGCCACCCAGCUCCACGACGAUCACCACCGAGAUGGGGACCCGCACCCCCGCAUUGGGAACCCAGAAGAGAGAGAUAUCCUCCACCAGGUCAUCAUAUACAAGACCGUGGAAGAUGGCCUGCACAACCCGCAGACAGACCUCCAUUUCGACCCAAUGGUGCUCCAGCUACACAACCUAUUGCUCAGCCGGCAGCUAGUGACAGUGGAAAAUCUGCAGAAGGAAUGAAGAUGGAUGAAGGAUCAGCAGAAGAAGAAACUUUGGAAAAUUAUGAUUUACCGGAAUAUGAUGCUGAAGUGCCUUUAGGUCAAAAGUAUGUCAUUGCUGUUUCUGGAUUCUUUUGCAAGAUCUGUCACAAAUUUUACAAUUCGGAAUCUUCAGCCAAGAUUACACACUGCAAGUCAAAGACUCAUUAUGAAAAGUUUUCGAAAUGGGUGGUUACAAAAAAAGAAGAGACAGCAGCUCAGAAACGUGCAGCUCCAGUUGAAACACCUGCCAGUGAGCCGGCACCAGUUCCUCCCGUACCUCCUACUGAUACAAAAAUUGAUGAAGUUUCAAAAAAGGAUGAGCCUGAUGAAUCACCACCUGCUAAAGUACCUAAGAUGGAAUCACCAAUUGAAGAAACUAAUAAAGAUGAUAGCCAAGAGGAUUGGGCGGGAGCUCUGUUAAUAAAAGAAGAACUGACCGAAGAAAGUGAUAAUGAACAGAAUGAUGUUAAUAAAUACGAUCCUUCUCAACCAACAGACGAGAGUAGUAUGCUUGUGACACCACUUAAAGAGGAAAAAAAGAACUCUGGAUAUAUAUCUGAAACAUCUGCAUCUGAUACUGAUAGAACGCCAAGCACUGAUGACUUCUUAGAAGCAACUUUGUACAACUUCAGAAAGAUGAGAGUACAACAGUUGAAGGAAAAUUUGAAAAAGCGGGAUCUACCAUUGCAUGGUCUAAAACCAUUGUUGUUAAAACGUCUUGAAAAGGCGCUCCUGGCAGAAGCAGCUGAGGCUGCGACUGUUGAGAGUCAGCAGGAGGAAGAGGAAACGAAAGAUCAAGAACAGACUUCAAAAGAUGACACACCAGUCAAAACAGAGGUGGAAGAACAGCAGGCUGGGGAAGAGACGUCAGCAAAUAUUCCACAGACACAAGACAAUAGUGGUAUCGAAGGUGAGCUAUCGAAGGCGCUGAAACUGACUUUGCACGAGUCUGACAUAGAAGUGUCAAAUUGCAAAUCACAGUGGAUUACAAAGAGAGAACUAGAACGAGAACUUCUUCAGCUGGAGGGUGUCGAAACUGUAAUAAGCAUGGAAAAGGAACAAACUAAGAUGGGGAAGAAGACAAUUGUAGAAUGGACAAUCGAGCUCAAUUUCAGAGGUAAAUUUCCUAAAGACGGACUUAACUUCUGGAUGGAAUCACAUCAACAACUGCCAUUCCGUGCAUCUUUGUCAGAAGAAGAAUGAUGAAAACAACUUGAAAAGUGUUUUCAUCAUGUUCGUAAUCAGUCAAGAAGAGAGCCAUCGUGGAUUUCCAAUUGCUGGACACUGCUGGUUUCACUUAUUUUGAUCAAUAAUUAACUGAGCUUGUUAUUUUGUAUUCUUUACUUUUAUGAUCUUCAAACACUCGAUUCGAAUUUUUAUCACGUGCUAUCGAAUUAUGGAGUUUCUUCCUGAUAUAGUGAAAGCCAAUUUGACGUUGAAUUUAAGGAAUUCAGAUGACUGGCUAUUUACCUUCGGCAAGCAAUCUUAUUUUCUAUUUCCUGGCAUAAAUAUGAAAUCUUGAAUGAAAUUGCAGCAAUUGAUGAAUGUGCCAUUUCUGUAUCUUUCGUUAAAAUGAUAAUCACAAAUAUUGGAUUUCGCAAGGUGCCCCAAUCGCAAAAAUUAUGACUCGAAGCCUGUUAUUAUUUUUCAAUAAAUGACAGAAUUGUUCUGUCAAGUGCUGAAAGCCUGA